CGGAGCAGGGCGGCGCGGAGCGGGGCUGGAGAGCCGGGCCGGCGGGCCAUGGCGGCUGGCGGGGCGCUUGUAGUGUUGCCCGCGGUGCUGCUGUUGCUGGCGGCGGGCGGGUUAGGCAAGCCCACGGCGCGGCAGGAGCGGGCCCGGCCCGCAGGCGCGCAGCAUGAGGACCGGCCCGGCUUCCAGUACGACCACGAGGCCUUCCUGGGCAAGGAGGAGGCGCGGAGCUUCGACCAGCUGAGCCCGGAGGAGAGCCGCGAGCGGCUGGGGAAGAUUGUGGAUAGAAUAGAUGACAACAARGAUGGCUAUAUCACAACAGAGGAAUUAAAAAUCUGGAUUAAGCGAGUCCAGAAACGCUACAUCUAUGAAAAUGUGGCUAAAGUUUGGAAAGACUAUGAUCUAAACAAGGAUGAUAAAAUUGCCUGGGAAGAAUACAARCAAGCCACAUAUGGUUAUUAUCUAGAAAAUCCAGAAGAAUUUCAAGAUGCAACCGAUCAGCACAGUUUUAAGAAAAUGCUACCCAGAGAUGAAAGACGAUUCAAAGCUGCAGAUCUGGAUGGAGACUUGGCUGCCACUCGUGAAGAAUUCACUGCUUUCCUUCACCCAGAGGAGUUUGAGCACAUGAAAAAUAUCGUCGUUUUAGAAACCUUAGAAGACAUAGACAAAAAUGAGGAUGGUUUUGUGGAUCAAGACGAAUACAUUGCUGAUAUGUUUGCAAAUGAAGAGGGUGGACCAGAGCCUGACUGGGUGAUUACAGAGCGUGAACAGUUUUCAGAUUUUCGUGAUCUCAACAAGGAUGGAAAGAUGGACAAAGAUGAGAUCCAGCACUGGAUCCUCCCCCAAGACUAUGAUCAUGCACUAGCUGAAGCUCGACACUUGGUCUACGAAUCUGAUGUGGACAAGGAUCAAAAAUUAACGAAAGAGGAGGUUCUAGACAACUGGAAUAUGUUCGUUGGAAGUCAAGCUACUAAUUAUGGGGAGGACCUCACAAGAAACCACGAUGAACUAUGACACAGUGUAYCACACAUCUUUUCUCCACUUUAUUGAAAUCACCGUGUCCAUCCCCUCUUAGAGGGAAGAUGGGCAAGGGACACUCACAACUGAAUGACUUGCAGUAAUAUUAUUUUUAACGUGCCAGCUUAUUACCUCAGAAACCACAUAGAAAUAGCUUUUUUACUCUUUUCACAUGGUUAAAUACAGUAUAUAAUUGCUACAGUUUUAUUUUUGAAAAAUUCAAAAGGUAACUUUUCUGAAUAAGUUAGAGCCUGACACAAAAAAAGGCAUUUCUAAAAGCRUAAUUGCAAAGUUCUUUAAUAGYRAAAUAUUUUCUUCAAAUACCUGUUWUUACCAUAGUGAGGAUUAGAAAGAAACUUAAUGUUUAAACUGACUUAAGUUAUUUAGUUGUCUUUUUUAAUAGCAUGUUAACAGUUUAGAGUUAACCGUUUGAGCCUUCUAUCCAGAGAAUAAUUUGCCAGCAGCUUUGUCUCUACAAGUUUGUGUCCCAGUUUGGGUUUUUGCUUUACCAGUGCAACAUGCACAGGUGGCCCUUUUUCCUGACCCCAGCACAGUKCAGGAACAGAACUGGGGCCCAAUCCUGGCAUUCCCAGCCAGGGCUGCAGAGUUCAGUGUAGCAGCUUCUCCUCCUGCCAGCAGGGUAACGUACAACUCUUUGUGGUACAACUCUUUGUGGGCUGUUAGGCGUGCUGCUUCCUGGGAGGAAUUGUGCCACAUGGAGCAUAAUUUAUCUCCUGCUUUUCGCACUUUACCCGAGCCGUACUCUUGUUCACACAGUGUGAAUGGCAGCAGUUCUGUGAUGGAGAAAGAAUGAGACAUAUCACCCCUCUGRGCCUUCUGUCUCCUCUGCUACAUAAGAACAGAUUUUUGUGGCUCAACUUCUGGGUUUGUAUGUAUAUACUUAUAAGUACGUGUUACUGACAGCUCUCCUUCCAAAAAAGAGGGGGAAAUUUCCACAGGUGCUUCCUUUUUUUUUGUAUAAUGUGAGUUGUUACAUGUAUAUUUUUAUAUACUUAACUUAGAUAAGUUCGGUUAUUUUUAAAUGUACUGGUUUUAAAAUAAGCACAAUAAAACCAAUACUUCUUUUUGA